AUGGAGGAGCGAGGGGCCCGGGGCACGCUCACCGGUGCCCUGCGGGCGCUCUGCCUCCUAUGCUGCCUCUUGGGCCGCGCCACCGCAGCACCCUCGCCCAUCAUCAAGUUUCCUGGUGAUGUCGCCCCCAAAACGGACAAAGAGUUGGCUGUGCAAUACCUGAACACCUUCUAUGGGUGCCCCAAGGAGAGCUGCAACCUGUUUGUGUUGAAGGACACGCUGAAGAAGAUGCAGAAGUUCUUUGGGCUGCCUCAGACGGGCGAACUAGACCAGAGCACCAUCGAGACCAUGCGAAAGCCGCGCUGUGGCAACCCCGACGUGGCCAACUACAACUUCUUCCCCCGCAAGCCCAAGUGGGACAAAACCCAGAUCACAUACAGGAUCAUUGGCUACACACCUGACCUGGACCCUGAGACAGUGGACAAUGCCUUCGCUCGUGCCUUCCAAGUCUGGAGUGAUGUGACCCCACUGCGGUUUUCCCGAAUCCAUGAUGGAGAAGCUGACAUCAUGAUCAACUUUGGCCGCUGGGAGCAUGGGGAUGGCUACCCCUUUGAUGGCAAAGACGGACUCCUGGCUCACGCCUUCGCCCCAGGCCCUGGAGUCGGGGGAGACUCUCACUUUGAUGACGAUGAGCUGUGGACCUUGGGAGAAGGGCAAGUGGUCCGGGUGAAGUAUGGGAACGCCGACGGGGAGUACUGCAAGUUCCCCUUCCUGUUCAGUGGCAAGGAGUACAACAGCUGCACCGACACGGGCCGCAGCGACGGCCUGCUCUGGUGUUCCACCACCUACAACUUCGACAAGGAUGGGAAGUACGGCUUCUGCCCCCACGAAGCCCUGUUCACCAUGGGUGGCAACGCAGAUGGACAGCCCUGCAAGUUCCCAUUCCGCUUCCAGGGGACGUCCUACGACAGCUGCACCACCGAGGGCCGUACCGAUGGCUACCGCUGGUGUGGUACCACUGAGGACUACGACCGGGACAAGAAAUACGGCUUCUGCCCUGAGACCGCCAUGUCAACCGUCGGUGGGAAUUCCGAAGGCGCCCCCUGUGUCUUCCCCUUCACCUUCCUGGGCAACAAGCACGAGAGCUGCACCAGCGCAGGCCGCAGUGAUGGGAAGCUGUGGUGCGCCACGACGAGCAAUUAUGACGAUGACCGCAAGUGGGGUUUCUGCCCCGACCAAGGAUACAGCCUGUUCCUCGUGGCAGCCCACGAGUUUGGCCAUGCCAUGGGGCUGGAGCACUCAGAGGACCCCGGAGCCCUGAUGGCACCCAUUUACACUUACACCAAGAACUUCCGCCUGUCCCACGAUGACGUCAAGGGCAUUCAAGACCUCUAUGGAGGCAACCCAGACACUGGCACUGGCACCGGCCCCACCCCCACACUGGGACCUGUCACUCCUGAGAUCUGCAAACAGGACAUUGUCUUUGAUGGCAUUGCUCAGAUCCGAGGGGAGAUCUUCUUCUUCAAGGACCGGUUCAUCUGGCGAACGGUGACACCACACGAAAAGCCCAUGGGACCCCUCCUGGUGGCCACAUUCUGGCCUGAAGUUCCAGAAAAGAUUGACGCUGUGUAUGAGGCUCCCCAAGAAGAGAAGGCUGUGUUCUUUGCAGGGAAUGAGUACUGGGUCUAUUCAGCUAGCACCCUGGAGCGUGGGUACCCGAAGCCACUGACCAGCCUGGGGCUGCCCCCUGAUGUCCAGCGAGUGGAUGCUGCCUUUAACUGGAGCAAGAACAAGAAGACAUACAUCUUUGCUGGGGACAAGUUCUGGAGAUACAAUGAAGUCAAGAAGAAAAUGGAUCCCGGCUUCCCCAAGCUCAUUGCCGACGCCUGGAAUGCCAUCCCUGAUAACCUGGAUGCAGUUGUGGACUUGCAGGGCAGUGGCUACAGCUACUUCUUCAGGGGACCACAUUACCUGAAGCUGGAGAACCAAAGUCUGAAGAGUGUCAAGUUUGGAAGCGUGAAAUCUGACUGGCUGGGCUGCUGA